AUAAGUGCACCGCAGUCUGCAGCAGCCGCACCGCGCGUACCAAAUCGAGUUUCAACACCGAUCCAUCGCCGUUGUCUAUUGCCGUCGUUACGUUCGCGUAUUAAGUAUUUUCCGUCUUUUUGACAACAUCAUUGUUGUUUUAACUUUCAACGAAACGGUAAUGUUUCAAAAGCGGUUGUCGUAAAAUCAUAUCGACCGGACUACUCGAAAUAACCUGUGCCCGACCGGCAAAAGCGCGCACGCCAGAAGAACAGAAAACUGCGAAAACAAUAAUAAUAUUAGUAAUACAAUUAUGGGAAUCGGCUGUGGCGGACGUGCCGGCAGCGACGACGAAUCGCUCGCCUAGUCGGCACUUCGGCAGACGAGUGCCGGUCGGCGAGAUAACCCGGUCAUUGGUGAAGUGAGCUGAUAAAAAAAAAAAAAAAAACAACUCAACAACCUAUUCUCUGUCGUUAAGAUUGCUGUGCGGUGUCAGAAGCAUUCAUAGCAGUCUUGGACGUCCACCACCCCGUCCAACACACACUUAAACGUGGAUUUUCUUUUAAUUGAAAAUUGCACGUAUCUUUUUUUAUAUCUCACACUAUGAGUGCAUAUCACAUGAAUACUGCUCCUAUUGUAUACGACGCUCAGAACUCUACGCUGUUUGGUCACGGAUUAUUCAGCGAUUGUUACUCAAAUAUCCUGGGCACGGCCGCAACAAUGUUCCUGUCCACUCAAUAUCAACCGGUCCUCAUGUCUGUGAUUGGGUCCAUCGUCGUGGGCCUCAGCGGACUUUUCCCUUUACUCAUAUUGCCAGUUAAUGACUCAAUUUCUCUAAAGACUGGACCUGGCAGUAAACAUUUACGAUUAUUGUUGAGUUUUUCCGUUGGUGGUAUGUUGGGUGAUGUAUUUUUACAUGUUUUACCUGAAGUAUGGAUCUCUUCUAAAGAUAGGCAUGGUGACUGGAUACGGGAUGGCUGGUGGGUUCUGGCAGGUUUAUUAGUAUUCAUCAUAGUUGAGAAAUUGUUUUCAUUAUCAGAUGAUGACAAUGAAACUAUUCCUAGCAAAAUGUCUACUGAUAUAAACUCAGUCAAUAACAACCAUAAGGAAUUAGGAAAAACUAAAUGUGGUAAUGGUGCAACGGCCAAAGCAAAAAAUCAUAUUCAAAUAAGUGGCUAUUUAAACUUAUUGGCCAAUUGCAUUGACAAUUUCACUCAUGGUUUGGCGGUAGGAGGAAGUUUUCUCAUAUCCCCAAGAGUUGGUUUGUUCACCACAUUGGCAAUAUUAGUUCACGAAAUUCCGCAUGAAGUUGGUGAUUUCGCUAUUCUUUUGAAGUCUGGGUUCAGUCGUUGGGAAGCUGCAUGUGCUCAAGUAUAUACAGCUUCUGCUGGCAUAUUUGGAGCUCUUACGGCCAUCUACUGUAGUGGAGUUUCUGGUGAUGUUGAGGCAAAGACAUCUUGGAUUAUGCCAUUUACAGCUGGGGGUUUUCUUCACAUUUCUUUGGUUACUGUAUUACCUGAACUUCUACUCGAAGAGAACCCAAGAGAAUCAAUCAAGCAGUUUACGUUGAUAAUAGCUGGAAUAAUAGUUAUGUUUGUCAUGUCAAAUCUGUUUGAAUAAUAAAACAUACAUUUUUUCCUUGUCCCACUCUCCUACCAUGUACCCCAUUAAAAAGACUAUAAUUUAAUAUUAUUAUUAUUAUUUGACAUUUUUACUGUAUAAAUCACAUUAUUAAGUACCACCUAUUACUACUUGUUUAAACAAUUUUAUGUUAAUUAUGUAUUGUAUUUGUAUUAUUCAUAAAAAUCUCUUGUUUUUUGAUCCAAUUUCUUUCUUAUGUUACCACAAGACACAGAUCCACACAUUACUACUUAUAUUAAAAAAAUCACAUUUUCAGAGAUUACUUUAUUUAUGGCUGUGCAUUGUUGAUUUUUUUUUUGUUAUCAAUAUUGCAUUAUUUUAAUAUAUUUUUUUAAGUUUAACACAAUUUAUUUUCAUUACCAA